CCCUCCGGGUUCCUAUAACUUUUUCCUCCACCAUAAUAUCUCCUUCAGUUUUAGUACCACAUAACGUAGGAGGAUAAAAAAAUACUACCAUUGUGAAUUUAAUUUCAGUGUUAUCGGUGGAUGGAUUUAAUUAGUGCUUGUGUUGGUGUGUGAUAGAGUGAGCUUUAAGAAGACUGAGAGUUGACUGGUGCCGAGGCGAGUUAGAGGAGUGUGGUUGUAAUGGCUGCCAUGGUAUGAAAUUACCGAGGAUGGACGAGGCUUCGAGUCAAAACCAGCUGGGAGGGGGUGGUGGUCCGGCUGGUGUGGCCAACAGACAAAAUCUAGAAGAGCCGACUCAGCGAGUGCAGUACUCCAUCCCCGGGAUCUUACACUUCAUACAACAUGAAUGGGCGAGGUUUGAGAUGGAGCGCUCACAGUGGGAGCUGGAGAGGGCGGAACUUCAGGCCAAGAUUGCCUUCCUCAAUGGGGAAAGGAAAGGACAAGAAACAAAGAAUGACCUUGUCAGAAGAAUAAAAAUGUUGGAAUAUGCAUUAAAACAAGAAAGAGCUAAAUAUCACAAGCUAAAAUAUGGGACAGACUUAGUACAAGGGGACAUGAACCCGCCAGUUGAAGAGGGUGGUGAGGAAGUGCGGGUAGACACUGAUGCUAUACUGUCGACCAAUACAAAUGUAUCGUGGAAGCAGUCAAGACAUCUACUUAGGCAGUAUCUACAAGAAAUCGGGUACACAGAUACAAUCAUAGACUUACGGAGUAAUAGAGUAAGAUCAUUGUUAGGAAUUAGUAGUGGUGAAAAUGAGGAGAACCACAACAACAGUCCAGCCAUGAAUGGCUCCGACACAACCAAACGACAGCCUGAUUCCAAUCGAUGGAAUGUUCCAAAAAAGCCGCAGUCCACAUUAGAGGCUCAGAUACGUGAUGCAGAGAAAGCUGUUAUGGACAACUUUGACUUCUUACAAUCUGAAGGAAUGGAGAUGGAUGAUGACGACGAUGAAGAGGAGCCAGAGGAAGAGGAGGAUGUACAUAGACUCAAGAGUCCAAAGGUGGCAAAAGUGGCUUUAGAUGUUGAUGAUGUUGAUGGUGACUCAGUGGAACUUGACCAUGAAUUUCGCUUUCUGCCAGAAAUGGAGGACACUUCUCCUGGUGUUUUGGGGUUUGGUCCAGGCUCCCGUCGAGCAUAUGUUGGAGGGCCGGGGGGAGAGGAGGAUGCAUUGGAGGGUCUCGGGGAAUUAGCGCAGCUGACAGUGACCAAUGAGGCUGAUGCUACUUAUGAUCAGAUUUCAUCAACCAAAGAGAAUUUCCGGAAGACUUGGACAGCCAAAUACACAUUACGCUCACACUUUGACGGCGUGCGAGCCCUCUGUUUCCACCCACAAGAGCCCACUCUCAUUACCGCCUCUGAAGAUGCUACGCUGAAACUCUGGAACCUCCAAAAAACAGUACCAGCUAAGAAGUCUGCAUCUUUAGACGUAGAACCAGUUUACACAUUUCGUGGUCACUUGGGUCCUGUCUUAUGUUUGGCGAUGAACAGCGAUGGGGAAAAGUGCUACUCAGGAGGCAUCGACGGCACCAUACGCAUAUGGAACAUCCCUUCCUCCAAUAUUGAUCCUUAUGAUUCAUAUGAGCCGAGUGUGGUCGGAGGAAGUUUAUCAGGACACACAGAUGCAGUAUGGGGUCUGAACUUCCAUCCUCAGCGCCAACAUCUACUUUCUUGUGCGGCAGACUCUACUGUUAGAUUGUGGUCCGCAGAUGCCCGCUCGCCCUUACUAUAUACUUAUGCUGUAGAAAAAGAUGGCAUCCCCACUUCAGUUGACUUUGUUUAUGAAUCAAGCAACCAGUUUGUGUGCAGCUUUAACACAGCUAACUGCGUCAUAUUUGACCUGGAGACUGGUAAACCUGUCAUGCGUCUUGACACAGAACCUGAUCAAGGCAGCAAUUCUCUCAACCGACAGAUCAAUAGAGUUGUGUCUCACCCCACUCUGCCACUAACCAUCACUGGACACGAGGAUCGUCACAUUCGGUUCUGGGACAACAAUAGUGGUCGUUUAGUUCAGUCUAUGGUGGCUCACUUAGACUCUGUCACUUCCUUGGCUGUUGACCCUAACGGUCUCUACCUCCUCUCAGGCAGCCAUGACUGCAGUAUUCGCUUGUGGCAGCUAGACAGUAAACAGUGUGUGCAGGAGAUCACGGCCCACAGGAAGAAGUUUGACGAGAGCAUAUUUGACGUGGCCUUCCAUCCUAGCAAGCCAUUCAUUGCCAGCGCAGGAGCUGAUGCUCUAGCUAAAGUUUUCGUCUGAUCACAGAGCGACUCCGGUAGAGUCCCAAGUCCAAACCCCAAGUCGCUGCUGGAGGAGCAGAUUCCAGGGCUACAGUAUUCCUCUAAUGCCUCGGACUUACGUUGUGCAGAAGAUAUGUAGAAGUGCUGCGUUCAUGGUGAUGUGAACAGUACUGAGUAUCCACUUGGGAGUUUGAGACCUGAUUUUAAUAUUAGUUUUCUUUCCAAGAAGACAUUCAUUGAGCAUUUUAUCAGUACUUCUGAUGAAGCAUUCUGCAUUAUUUAUUGUUAUUAAAAUCACUCUCCUUUUGAAACUUAGGUUAGAUGGUGGUAAAAGUGAACCAGUUCGUGGUCUCAGGCUCUCAACCUGAAAACCUAAAUAAUGCUCUCUCAGCCGACACACUCAAUAGCUGGCCAAAUUCUUGAGUCAUUGUGUGAGCAUUAGGUUAUACUUGGUUCAGCUGGUUCUGAAUUAUGGUUGGUAUCUAUUGUUUUCUUCAUUACCCAGAUGUGUGAUAACUUAAAGAUGCCAAUUAACUUCAGAGUCGCCCCAUUCAAAAGUAUUUUUUAUAACCUUGUGGAAAUGUACAGAAUUUUGGGCUUACUGUGGUGGCCCGGAAUCAGCUCAAGCCGUAAUACUCUAAUUUAAGCCAGAUUCCACCCAAGAAUAAAUGGCUACAGUACACUUAAUAGAUUCAUAUUGGUGCAUAUGAAACCCUCUGUAGCAGACAGUGACCGACCCUGUAAAUUCCUAAUAUUAGCGGUAACAAAUAUAACGAGUCGCUAAAGUUAUAGGGUGGUACCACUGCCCUAAGUUUAAACAGACAUAGUUGUUGGAAUUAUACAAGAAUAGUUUAAGCAAAUGCCGUGGAUAUGUUAUGCUCGGUGGUGUUCUGUUUGGGAGACUGAAGGACCCAUGAGCUUACUGCAGAAAAAGAGUUACGGUCACUAACAGAGAAUGUGAGUUGAGUGAAACUCUCCUGGUGAAGCGGAUACAAUUCUCGACUAGUCUUUAAAGGGUUAACGUGGAAGUUGCCCUGUGGUUUAAGAAUACUGGCUUGCACGCAGACUCUAAUCAUGGGAUGGUUUACAUUCUUAUAUUUAUCUGUAAAUAAGACAGUUCACUUCUUGCUCAUAUUAGUAGGCAUAUUCUGUGCCAAAUGUUGCUGGGAAAAUAAUUGUUCUUGUUAUUGCAAAGGAAGAAUGUAUGUAAAUUCCAGUCAUUUACAAGAAAACUAGUUUUACAGAGGGUAAUGAAGCCCUUUGCUUACCUAGUGUAACAAGAUGAUAAGUCCAUGACCAGUUGCAGCCAUGGGUUGUUAGGUCAUACAAUCACUCCUGUAGACACUUGUGUUACACCACACUCACAAUAUGACUGACUGCCUCACACAAGUAUUAUUUGGAUUUGAUAAAUUAGAUUAGCUGUAGAGAAACACUAACCCAGACUCAACAACAACACGUGAGUUAAUCUUGGUGAAUUAUGUAAGAUGAAGAUGUCACUGAGAAAGGCUUUAUUUUUAUAUAUUUUUUUUAUAAACAAAAUGGAUUAUUUUCCCACCAGCACUUGGUUCAACCCACCCUCAUUGCAAUCUUCAUAAGCAUUAAUUUCAUUGUUUGUGAUGAUAUCAGAAAUUUUGAGCCUUGAAUUAUUUUAUAUAAUGAAAAUAUUACAAUUAAGUAGUGAAUAUGGAAAUAUACACUUCCUCUAAAUAGCUAAAACUGGUAAAAAAUGAAUCCUAAGUUUAAAAUGGUUAUAUUACUUAAUCUCAAAAAUAAAUUAAUGAACAUUUUAAUAAGUUAUCAACCCCAAAACCUUCAUUUAAAAUGUAUUAGUCAAUAUUAAUUAUUUUCACCUUGUGUGUGUGUGUGUGUGUGUAUAUAUAUAUAAACAAAUUUUGUUUACCUUCUAAUCUUUCUAAUAUGUAUAGGAUGAUGUUUGUCACAUAUAUUGGUUUAGGCAGCACCAGGAAACUUAUAGUUUUCUGCUCUCACAAGUUAUCCUUAACUGUACAUGUAUUUUGGCAACUUUUCAUCUGCCAAGGUGUGCCCUAAUUUUUUAUAUUACUUUUUUUUAAAUAUAUUGACUAACAUAGGUAGAAAAACUUAGACCACAUUGAAUAAAUAUAUCUGUCUUUUACAACUAUUAUGAUACUGUAACAUUUUAUUUUGUCUUCCCUUCCCCAUAAUAGCAUUUGGCAUAUUUUUAUUGAUGCAUUUUCACUGAUACCUCACAGAGUGUAACAGGUUCAGAAAUAUUGGUUAUAACCAAUUAUAUGAUAAACCAUAUCAAGGUGGAGAUGGAAAGAUUGGGUGAGAGGAGUGUGAGAGGGAUGCGAGUGUGUGUGGAGUUACUGAAGAAGAGGCACAAGCUGCUGAUGGUAUGUGUUAUACAUUUUAUAUUAUAUUACAGUACUUUGGGUCACAGCCACUAAAUAGAAAAUGGAUAACCUCAGAGGUUGAUAGAUAGCAUAUAUAUUAUGUGCUUAAAUGUGGCCAAAUAUAUUUAAUGUUCGCACAGCAGCAACAUUUCUUCCUUAUUGGUCUGGUAAUUUAUCAUAAUUUUGGACACAGAAGUAGAUUAUGUUUUCAUAGCAUUAAAUAAGCAAGGAUUUACCAAAGCCUUAACAAAUGUCAAAAUUUCUGCCUGUUUUCCUUCUCAGUUGAGGCAAAUGUUUGUGAAUUGUCUUCAUGUAGUAUGUAUUAAUUUCUUGUUGUAUGAAGGAACAUUUCUUUAAUGUCUCAUCCUGGGAGUGUUCAACAUAGCAGGGUAAAAUGUGAGCUUUUGGUUAUAGUCGGAGAGAGAGAGUGUGCAUGCAUGCGUGGAAGAGAGAGCGAGUGCUUGCGUAUGUGCGAGAGAGAGAGAGAUGAAAGGAGCUUUUAAAAUUAACUUCUGCCAAUGUAGCUUAGUCGUGUAUAUGAAUUAAUUGCGAUGAUUUCUGUAAUUUAAAUAAUAUUUUAAAAAGAAGAUAUCUCUUUGGUAACAACUAAAGUACUUGUGCACUUUCUUGUUCAUAAGGAAUUAACUUUAUAAGUUAAUACUUUAUUGGUUCUUGAUUCCAUCCCAUUUAUUAAGCAGACUUUUGCUGUUUAAAUAAUCAAAAUGCUUCUCCCAGUUUGGGAUCCCCAAUGUUGGUUAUUUUAUAAUUUGUUUAUUAUAUACAUUACUGUAUAUACAGUAUAUAUAUAUAUGUACAGGUAUAUGAGAAGUGACAGUAUUUGAAUGAGGUAACUAGGACAUGAUAGGGAGAGAGACUGAAGGUAAAGGAGUAGAGGAAAGUAGUAGAGCAUGGUGCAAGCAUCAAGGACCUGGAGUGUAUGAAAUAUACCUAACUUAAACUUAUCAUUUUCCUUUCACAUGCUAAACCAUAAAUAAUCCAGCUGAGACAGAUUUCAAAGGAACAUUAAAAAUAUUGUUUGUCAAGCAGGGAGAAAGGAGUGAGAGAGCAUUAUAGUUGUCCCGAUGAGGUUGUUGUUAUAGUGUUGUUUCAGUACUGCGCUUCAGCAAUGAAGGUUUUAAACGCGUAACAAAGUUAAUAAUGCACUAUCCAACACCAUUAAAAAUUAUGAGAUAGAACUCUCUGUAAUGAUGCUGUUUUGUUUUUAUAAUUCAAACAGACAUACAUCUACAUCUCUCCUACUUAAUGUAUAUUACAGUUGUUUUUUCAUAAACUGGUGAUGGGAAGCACACAGCAAAAUAUGAGUGUUGAAAGAAAAGUAUGAACUACUUUUGAGAUAUCUGACAGAAAUUAUUAGUGUAGUCAGUUCACACUAGUCAAUGUUGUGGAGAAGUGUUCUAGUCAGUCAACUAUACUUUGGCUUAAUAGUUGUUUAUGCACGAUAUAUACUGUAUUGGAGAUGACUGCUGGACCACUAUAAUGUUUCUAAGAGUUAUCUUUGAUUUAGAUUUAUUUUUAGUAAAUGCAAAUUUGUCUUUAUAAUUUGUUUAUAAUAAAGGAAACCCAAAUAGCAGUCCAUAUAUGGGGUAUUGGAUGAGUUAGAUGCUGAUGGGUAGUACUGUACUGUAGUACUAAUAUAUAAUGAUCGAUUUUGUUGAUACAAGUUGUCAUGUUUGUUAAAAUAAUGCAACAUAGGGAAUAUGCUCAAUCAUUUUGUUAUAAGAGUAUGUUCCAAUUAUGACUACAAUAUUUAAUUUUUUAUCACAACCUGGUAAUAGUAAUAUUUUUUAGCAUUCACUGUAGAUACUUCCCUGUCAUGUUGACCAAAAUUGAUCAGUAUAGCUUUUAAAAAAGAAAAAAAAAGGAAAUGAGUAGAAAGAGAAGGAACACAUGAGUCGUUGGUAGUAUUGAGCAAUAAUAAAAGCAUGUGACUAGUUA